AUGGAGAUGGCGCAGAAGCUCUUGGCCGUUGGACUGGUCACCGUAAUCGGCACGGACGAUGGCCUUCACCUCUCCCUGGCAUGUGUCCUUGGCAUGGCGGCGACAAUUGCCAUGGUGCAGCCUUACAUCCAGCCACAGAUGAACGAGCUCCACAUCUUUUCCUUGCUGUGCCUCGCAGCAGCAGCCCUAGGAUUUGCUGGAGCUGCCGACCCCGAAGCCCAUUGGCUUUGGCUGAGCCGGGUGUCUGUGCUGCUUCCUUUCCUGCUGGCCGCCGUGCAGGCGCUGCGCCCGGACAGUUGCGAGGCUCUGGCCGUGCGCCUCUUUCAGGAGGCCCGGCGCCAGCUGAAGGCGCUGCAGGAGGGGCAGGAGGUGGAGCUGGUGGUCAAGACUGUCAGCUUCAUCUGA